AUGCCAGACUCGCCCACCCGCGCGGCACCGUCAAAAACAGCCGGUGUCAUACCAAGCUCGAAUCCCUUGGGCGCUGAUCCCACUACCGAAAAUGCUUCUCUGCGAACCCGUCUGAAGCUCUGCUACACUAUAUUCGCAGUGCUCAUCAUAAAGUUCGCGCUCCUCGACGUGUUCCAACAUGUCGGCGUCAUCACUUCUGGGGGCGGUCCGGUAUUCCGGUUCGUCAAUCAAUUUGGUCCUAGAAGAUCUAUCCUGUAUGAGCCGGCGGUCACCAUCACUGCGCCAAAGCUCAACGUCUGGGCCCCAAUCACCUCCGAUGAUAACGUCGCGGUCUGGAACUGGCUUCACGAUCCCGCCAGGGGCCUGAACCUCACAGAACCAGGCGAGGCCGAGAUCGGCGACAAUAAGGUCUACUCGAUUGAUACGCUGCCUCUGAAUAAGUCGGACGUUGUCCUAUUCCUGGAUGGAAUCGGCCCCAGACCCAAGCCCUGGGCUAGGGUCAUGAUCUUUGAGGGAGGAAAGGACGAACCCGUGGCCCAGGAAUAUAUGGUCGGGCCGCUGCCGGUCAGCGACGACACCGACAUUGUGCCGCUCGAUUACAUCUAUAACGGAGGCAUGGGCGGCGCAGUCCCUUACAACGCCCGGCCGAUGGACCCGAUCAGAUCCACCGCUAUUGGCAAGCUCGUGGGGUACCACAUGGGAGCGAUAGCUGACAUCACGUCCGACCUCUUUCAAGGAGCGGCUUACUAUGGCCCAGGUGACGAGAGGUCCACGAUCGAUACGGACUUUCCCACUCCCUUCUCAUACAACGGCUCCGAGGCUCACGUCAACGUCGCCUUCCACUUCCCCGGCACAGCCCACUACCUACUCCCCAUCGACUUCUACACGCUCGUCGACGCAAGCGCCAUUGACUAUGAAGAGUGGAGAUUGAGGGGCUUCGUUACGAAGGAGCGCUUCUUCGCCACCGCAGAUGAGCUCAGGGAUGCCUAUGAGGCUGGAGAGCUAGAGCAGGAAUUCGAGCAACACCAGGACUACGAUUGGGCUCGCGUCAAGUAUCAGCCCGAGCUUGGUGAGAGGCCUCUGGAGAGCCGGCCUGCCCCGCAGAGUCUCGAGGUCGGCGGCAAGCGAUACAUGCUCGAUCCCGAUCAGAGCAAGAACCUCGGACUCAUGUUCUAUGACGUCCGGUUCAAGGGGGAGAGCAUCCUGUACGAGCUGUCCAUGCAAGAGGCCGCGUCUCAGUACGGGGGCUUCCAGCCCAAGGCUGGGUCCACGGUGUUCCAGGACACCUCCUUCAGCAUGGGCGCCGCUGCCUCGCCGCUCAUCGAGGGAUUCGACUGUCCCUUUGGAAGCACCUUCUGGAACAUCUCCCACUUUGCGACGAACCGCACCUUCACCAUCCCCAGGGCCCUGUGCAUCUUCGAGCACGACUCCGGCCACCCGUUGUCGAGGCAUGACGCUGGGGAACACAAUGGGUGGGGGUUUGAGAGCCUGGGCGUCGUCAAGAGCUCCGCGCUCUCCUUGCGGUACAUUGCCACCAUCGGAAACUACGACUACAUCUUCACCUACGACUUCGCCCAGGACGGCGCCAUCCACAUCUCCGUCCGAGCGUCCGGCUACCUGCAAUCUUCGCCCUACUACAAGGACCAGGGAAGGUUCGGCCCCCGUAUCCAGAGGGCUACCCAGGGCUCCAUCCACGAUCACGUCAUGACGUUCAAGGCCGAUUUCGACCUGGUCGAUUCCAACAACAGCCUCGAGAAGACGGAGCUCAAGGUCGUCGAACAGGAACAGCCCUGGUUUCCAGAAGUCGGAAUCUUCGAGCAGAUCCAGCUCGAGAAGAGCUUGUUCGACAGGGAACAGCAGUUCAACUGGGGAGCCAACGACCAGACCAUGUACUCCGUCAUCAACAGCAACAAGACCAACGUCUGGGGCGAGAAGCGCGGCUACCGCAUCGCUCCCGGCAUGUCCGAUAUCCGUCUCAGCACGACCAACUCCCCCUGGUCCCGCCACAACACCGCCUUCAUGAAGUCGAACCUGGCCGUGACCCGCCAGCACGACACGGAGCAGUUCGCCAACAGCAUCUACAAUGCGCAUCUUCCCGGGAGGCCGCACCACGACUUUGCAAAGUUCUUUGACGACGAGACCGUCGAUGGCGAGGACCUUGUCGUCUGGUUCAACCUCGGCAUGCACCACUUCACCAGGGCCGAGGACAUCCCGGUGACGCUCUUCACCGAGGCCGUCAGCAGCAUCAGCCUCGUUCCGCAGAACUUCUUCGAUCGUGCUCAGGACGGGGAUCUGAAGAAUAGGCGGUGGUACCUCCCGGACACGGAGUCGGACACCCUCGACACGGAGGAUUACGGUGUGGAGCUACCGUCAUUGAACUUCAGGCUUGAGGAGCCUGAGGUGCCACGUCUCCAGGUAAGCGAGUGA